CACCUCUCAAUGAGCGGUUUGAUCGACGUUAAAUUAAUAUUUCGUUAAAAUCUACCUUGGCACUUGUUGAGAAUCGUAACAUAAGCUGUUACCGCAUUUCAUUGAAACGCGGCCAUAAAUUCAAAGCACCUCAGAGAGCUUGUGUAAACUUUGCUCCUUCACUCAUUUCAGUUACUUUUGAUCAAGUAGAAAUUACACCAUCAAAAACCAAACAAAACAAAAACACAAAACUUUUCAACUAAGCUAAACAAUGAUUGGCAAAUUAUCUGCAUGGUAUCGUGACAAUGUGUCAGAGGCUGCAGACUGUGUUGCCUGCCGCCUUAUUAGUGGCUUCGGUAUGAUUGGCAUUGGAGCUUUUGUCUUAGCCCAAGCGAAACGCCGCCAAGCGCCUUGGGAGAAUUACACAAUGAAGAGUUUGGCAGCAGUUGCUGGCUUUUUGGGAGUAGCGCGUUUGGCAGAUGCGAGUUUCCUGAAAGCAAAAGUUGCACCAAUCGAGAAACAACCAACGAAACCUGAUGGAAAUCAUCCGUUUUUUAGACGCGGCAGUUAAUUUAUCGUUUUUAAGUAAAUUUAGUUUGUUCAUUACAA